GCCUGUAAUUAGCACCAUGCCGGCAGGUUCUUCUCCAACGUUCCUUGAGACGAGGAGCACGGCGCUAAGCUUAGCCGGACCCAACCCAUCGACUGUGUCGGGCUACUUUGUCUGGAAUGGAACGACACCUCUCCCCUAUGCGCCGUACCCUGUAAUCUCAUCAGGUACUCCAUCGUCAUCUAGCACGGCGGUAGGCGCGCUGUCCGGCAGCAAUUCGUCGUCGACAGGCUCUCCAGUCACAAGCAACUCAACUUCAAACGGACCAUCAACCACCAGUGUCUCCUCCACCAUAGGUGCAGCACCAUCGAUCACGAUACCUGAGAGCGCGUCAUCUGCGGCCCUGUCAGUCAUCUCCAGUGUCCUGUCCAGCUUGACCCCUUCCGACCCGACAUCGUUGUUAGCGGCCACAUACUCAACACCGAUCUCGACACCAGCGAUAGCCAACACAACAAGUGCAGCAAGCCUUGCUGCGCAAAGCACGCAUCCGAGCCCUGUGGUAAGCACAACAGGCUCGCCUUCGUCAACCGCCGUGACGUCGAGAACUUUGACGUCGACAUUGUCAGGGUCUGUGGUCAUCGAGACUACGUCGUCUAUCUCGAGCGCGACAAGCUCUUCGUCUGCAUCUACGAAGGCAUUGGCCACAAGCUCAACCUCCAGCAGUGCGCCCAAUUUGUCCGCAACAUCUGGUGCGUUCAGCAGCUCAACUGUCUCCGUCCCGCCAUUGUCAACCUUGACAACUGUCACCUCAGCUGCCAGCCCGCUUUCGCUGGAGCCCCAUAGUUCGAGUACCGGCACCGCAUCUACAUCCGCUCUUAGUACUUCGGCUUCGGUGUCUGCUCCGCAGCCUGCCUUAACGUCCAACGAGACCGGCACGGCCACGUCUUCGACGUUCUUAAACCCCUUCCCGGCUUCGUCAGCCACUGCUACGCCAACAGCUUGCGGCGAGCACGGCAAUUUCACGUUGACAUUUGACGACCUGCCGAACUUCGUGCCGAACAAUGCGAACCUGACGGACAUCACGCAAGCUCCUCCGGUCCCCAACCCGUACAAUCACCUCACCUUCAGCAACGGCUACGUCUACGCUCCUCGAUCCAGCGAGCCUUACAUUCCGGUAUCCCCGCCACGCCUCGCAGUUUUCCUUGGUAACGCGAGCGGCAUAACGACUCGCUCCACCAAGCCUGGCGAGAUCGCUGACGGCCCGUACGAGUCAAUGUCGGCCUUCUGGUUUGAUGCCUUCACCGCCUUCUUUGGCUGCGACAACGCUGGACCGGGUGUUUGUACGCUUGUCAUGACCGCUUACACGUGGAGUCCGUCAGCAGGCGAUGAGAUUGCGACAUACAAGCAGAAUGUAACCAUCCCGCCUUGCUCUGCGCUCGAGAAUUGCCCGCUCCAACAAGUCAGCUUUCCGGCAUCAUUCCGUAGCUUGACUGGGCUGCAGAUUCUGGCGUACACUGGCACUGACGAGCGCAUGUGGUUCGCCGACGACUUCAAUCUCGGGUGGUCUAACAACACCUGCGCUGCUGGGUUGACCAGGCUGCGCUACCAAUAAACUCCCACGAGUCUGGUAGCCCUCGGAGGCUGGAGGGAAGCCGUAUUACAAACGGUCACUAACGAUCCUGCCCAGCAUAGAUCGCUAAUCAUGAGGACGGAGGACAAUGCGAUGUGAUAAUGAUUUCAUCCAGUUUCGGCCGCAGCUUCCACGGGCUGCAGCGAUGGCUGUCUGGCGCAGAAUAUGGCCCAUAGCAUGUAACAUAUGUACGAAUAUGAGAUGACCGAAAUCAGCGUUGUCACCUUGACGGGACACAGUAUCGGACCUGAUC